AUGCACGGCCGUAGUGUCGUACGGCUGAACAGGCUUUGUGAACUCAGAGUAAUCCUAUUACUACGUACUUCUACACCAGCGAGUGCACGUGAAUACAAUACUUCGGCUUCCCUUAUCCUACCUGUUUCUAUAAUUAAGCCAGCUCGAUUCUCCAUUACAUCGAGCGCCGUUUGCGUUCUAGUUUUGCAGUUUGUGGUUCGUCCUUUUUACCUGUGCGCGUGCCAAGGGCUUGGCAGUGUACUGGUAAGCUUUUUGAAAGGCACAAUACCCAACCUGACCUCGCGCUCUUGUGCAUACGGACCUAUGCCUUUCGCCUUGUCCACGCCUGCCAUUAUUCAGCCGAUGAUGUGCCGCAUACAAGAGGACGAUGUAAUCGCAAAUGCACUCGCAGAAUUCGUUACUUAUGCGAAGAUUGAAACAGAUGCUGCUCUACUUGACCAAAGCGAAGUUCCCCGGUCGACUCAAUACUAUUGCACGAAGGGCAGACCUCGAAUUUUUAAUCCCCUCGACCCCGAACGCAUCCGGACCCUUGGGGAAAACUGGCCAUUAGUUUACAGUAGUUGGAGGCAACCAGAAGACCUAGCUGUACUGCCAGAGAACGUGUAUCACAUGGAUGAGACGGGCGUGCUUCUAAGCCUCUUAGGUUCCCUGAAGGUCCUAGUAGUACGUGACAAAAUUAUCACCGCAGCCAGUGAUAAUUCAGGCCAGUGA